GUUCUUCUGUGAACAACAAGGUGCUUAUAUACUUCUCACUAAGCUGAGUUUUAAGCAAUCAUGAUCUUAACCAUGGCCAUAAUAAGAUCUUAUAUCACUCUGGCCUUUGUAGGCUUGGUUCUUUUGCUCAUCAACAACCUGAGCUUUUUGGCAUAUGCUGCUGAUAGUGAAGGGCUGGGAGCUUCUUUUAUCUUUGGUGAUUCCCUGGUUGAUUGCGGAAACAAUAACUACUUGUCGACAUUGUCCAAGGCAAAUAUUCGUCCUAAUGGGAUGGAUUUCCAGCCAUCUGGAGGAAAUCCCACAGGGCGGUACACCAAUGGUAGAACCAUUGGUGAUAUAAUUGGUGAAGAAUUGGGACAACCAAACUAUGCAGUUCCAUUUUUAGCUCCUAACGCUACAGGGAAAGCAAUAUUGUAUGGGGUGAAUUAUGCUUCAGGAGGAGCAGGGAUCAUGAAUGCAACUGGAAGAAUAUUUGUAAAUAGGGUGGGGAUGGAUAUCCAAAUCGAUUAUUUCAACGAGACAAGGAAGCAGAUUGAUAAGCUAUUGGGUCCAUCAAAGGCAAAAGAGUACAUUUCGAAAAGGUCUAUUUUCUCGAUCACAGUUGGAGCAAAUGACUUUCUGAACAAUUACCUACUACCAGUCCUAUCCAUUGGAGCAAGAAUUUCUGAGACCCCCGAUGCAUUCAUUGAUGAUUUGAUCACUCACUUCAGGGCUCAACUUACUAGACUUUAUCAAUUGGGUGCUCAGAAAUUUGUGAUAGGAAAUGUUGGACCAAUAGGUUGCAUACCUUACCAGAAGACUAUCAAUCAGCUCGACGAAGACCAAUGUGUGGAGUUGCCUAAUAAGCUUGCGCUGCAGUACAAUGGCAGAUUGAAGGACUUGGUUGCUGAGCUGAAUGAUAACCUCCCUGGAUCAACAUUUGUUUAUGCAAAUGUGUAUGAUCUAGUGUCGGACCUCAUUACCAACUACGAAAAAUAUGGAUUUUCAACAGCAAGUAGAGCUUGUUGUGGAAAUGGUGGCCAAUAUGCAGGAAUAGUUCCAUGUGGUCCAACAUCAAGUCUGUGUACCGAUCGGUCCAAGCAUGUAUUCUGGGAUCCCUACCAUCCAAGUGAAGCUGCCAACAUUAUACUCGCCAAAAAAUUGCUUGAUGGAGACACAAGAGUUAUUUCUCCAAUGAAUCUCAGGCAACUUCGAGACCAUUAACUGUAACCUGUAUAUGCACUGUGUGUACAUUUAGUUGUACACUAGCAACUCAUUUCUCUUGCUUUCUUUGUGAACACAAGUACAAGCUUUGAUUUUCUUGUUCUAUAAUGUUAUAUACGUAUUUCUAUUUUCAGA